CAGCCUCCUACAGCCUCUCCAGAUGUGCAGAGGACAGCACAGCUAGGUACUGAGCAAACGAGACCUGACCCGGGAGCUCCGCCCUCGACAAGCAGAAGCAACGGAGCCUGUAUUUGCUUUGGAGUCAGACUUGUGCACGCUUGAGACCGGGACCUGCCGCGUCAGCCAUGGGGCACAAAUUCAUGGAGAAAGUGUCUUCUUUCCUGUUUGAAUAUGACACCCCCAGGAUGGUGCUGGUCCGGAACAAGAAGGUGGGGCUCACCUUCCGGCUCAUCCAGCUCGUGGUCCUCGGAUACAUCAUUGGGUGGGUUUUCCUGUACGAGAAGGGUUAUCAGUCCCAGGAUGGCGUCGUCAGCUCAGUGUCAGUGAAGCUCAAAGGUUUAGCUCUCACUAAUGUAAGUGGGAUGGGCCCACACAUCUGGGAUGUGGCCGACUAUGUUUUUCCACCUCAGGGGGACAGUUCUUUUGUGGUGAUGACUAACUUCAUUAUCACACCUGGACAGAAACAAGACACGUGCCCCGAGCUGCCACAUGCGGGACGUUGCCAUUCUGACAGUGACUGUCCCAAAGGGGAGUACAAACGUAAGGGACAAGGUAUCAUGACUGGGAAGUGCAUAGAUUUCAACAGUACUGUCAAGACCUGUGAGAUAUUUGGCUGGUGCCCUUUAGAAGUAGACGAUCAUAUUCCUGACCCUGCACUGCUCAUAGCAGCUGAAAAGUUCACCUUGUUUAUUAAGAACAGCAUUACUUUCCCCAGGUUUAAAGUCUCCAGACGCAACCUUGUUGAAGCUGUUGACAAUAAGUAUAUGAAAAACUGCAUCUAUCACAAAGUCGACCAUCCAUUAUGUCCCCUGUUUGAGCUGGGAUACAUAGUAAAAGAAUCGGGUCAAAAUUUCACGACAUUGGCCCACAAGGGUGGAGCUGUCGGCAUCACCAUAGAUUGGGACUGUGACCUCGACUGGCCUGUGACUUACUGUAAACCCAUUUAUGAGUUUCAUGGACUUUAUGAUAGUGAAACAAAUGUUUCACCAGGCUUCAACUUCAGGUAUGCCAAAUACUACAGUGACGGUGGAAUCAAUCACAGGAAUUUGUACAAAGUGUUUGGGAUCCGGUUUGACAUUCUGGUCAAUGGAAAGGCAGGUAAAUUUGACAUCAUCCCAACGAUGACCACAAUCGGCUCUGGAAUUGGCAUUUUUGGAGUGGCAUCGGUGCUCUGUGACCUGCUCCUGCUGCACUUUCUCUCACGACGGGAUUAUUACAAGCAGAAGAAGUUUAAAUAUGCAGAACAGGAGCUCAAGUUACCUAAAAAAGAAGAGUUUGGCCUUUCCUCCAAAUGCAUGAACUUGGAGACCAAGAGCAGUUCUCAGUAAGAGGAUCCACACUGAAAGAAGACCCUGUAUCUUCCUCCUCUGCCCUCUGUAAUGUGUUGCAAAUGCCCUGAGUUCAUCAGGCCAUCCCAGACCAAACCAAUUGCACUCACCAUUCUGCAUCUGAAACUGAGAUGAAAAGUCUGUUCUGUGUUUAAGCAAACUGUGGUUUGCCCCAGGCCACCUGCCCAGUUUUCGGAGGCUGAAAGGCUGCAUUGCAGCUCAGGGGUUAGAGUGUGACUUGCAAACCAAAUAUCACUGUAUCCUUGAAUUUAUCCCUUAGGGGAGGGAUUUUUAACUCCUGAAGUUGCUAGAUAGUUGCAAGUAACCUGCAGGCAAUCAACAGCUUCAUUAAAGCUAGCAUUGCAUGGGAGGGAAACUUUCAUUGUUGCCUUUUCCUUUGACCCCUGUGUGCUGGCACUUUUGGGGGUCAAAUACAACAGACAGAGCCGGAGAUGGAGAGAGAUUAGGUCCCAGCUGCACUGGUUAUAUCACCACCCUGAUCUCUAGUCAGGAGUCUGCAGCACCUGAAUUCACGUGACAAGACGUGACAGUAGAGUGUAACACAGUGGUCCCCAACCAUUCGCUAGCCCAUGCACAACAACAGCUAAAGCACUGUGGGAGUUAUUGUCCUUUGUUUUCUGUCAACCGCAGUUUUAAUGUUCUGAUUUCCUGUGGCUGCCAGCACUAUUAGAGGGUUUUGCAGGGAAACGACUAUCUGAGAGCCAUGGACUGGGGAUUUUUUUGUCUAAUGAGAUCACACUAAAGACUGAAGGUGUGGUUGCAUGUUACAAUUAGCACGUAUUAACUCUCAGGAAUGUUAGGUAGUGUUAAUGCUGUGAGCAGUUGCACAUUAAGGGUUAACACCCGCUCUAAUGUGCACAUCUCUGAUCCACUGCUAGAAAGCUGGUGAACUGGGGUUCAACAGCCUGCCCUGCUUGCCGGCUCUCUAGCAGCAGUAUAGGCUCCAAGACGGGGGCGGGCAAUUAUUCUGGGCAGAGGGCUGCUUACUGAGCAAGCCGUCGAGGGCUGCGUGACAGGCA